AAAAAGAAAGAAAGAAGAAGAAGAAAUGGAAGUAGGAAUACGCUGACCAGCCAGAAAUCGUUGACUAUUUUCUCUCUCUUACUUUCUCUCUCCUCUUAUUCGUCUUCUUCCUUAGGCAAACUCCCUUCUCGUUGCUGCUGCUGCUUCCUCUAUUUCUCUUUUUGAUCGUUCAAGGUUAAUAAGCUAAGGACUAAAGAGAGAGAGAGAGGCAGAAAUAAAUGAGAGUUGACUGGGAAGUCCUUUGAUUUACUUGUUAAUUUAUAUCAGUUUUUGGUAGAAUUUUUUGGGUUGGUGAUUGGAAUUGAAUUGAAGGGUUUUAGUAAGAGGGUAUUUUACUAUCUAGGGUUUUGGUGGAUGUUAUUUGUUGGGUUAUGUGUGGAAGAUCCAGUAAGCUAAAUGGAACAAGGGGUUUCUUCAAUUUGGCACACUUUGUGUUUGAUUUUGCUCUUUAGUUACUUUCAUCAUGCCUCCCCAAAUGCUGAAGGUGAUGCUUUAUAUGCACUCAAGAACGGGUUGGCUGAUCCUAAUGGUGUAUUACAAAGCUGGGAUCCUACCCUUGUAAAUCCUUGCACAUGGUUCCAUGUUACAUGCAACAGUGAUAACAGUGUCACUAGAGUUGAUCUUGGGAAUGCUAAUUUAACUGGGGAACUUGUUCAACAACUUGGUCAACUUUCAAAUCUUCAGUACUUGGAGCUCUACAGUAAUAAUAUAAGUGGUAUAGUACCAAAUGAACUUGGAAAUUUGAUGAAUUUAGUGAGCUUGGAUCUCUACUUGAACAAACUUUCUGGUCCCAUUCCUGAAACACUGGGCAAGCUCCAAAGAUUGCGGUUCUUGCGGCUGAACAACAACAGCUUGUCUGGGCAAAUACCAAGAUCAUUAACUGCUAUCACUACAUUGCAAGUCCUUGAUUUGUCAUUUAACCAUUUAUCAGGAACUGUCCCUACCAAUGGAUCCUUUUCAAUGUUUACUCCCAUAAGUUUUAAUGGAAAUAAAAAGUUGGUUAUGCCAGCAACUCCAUCUACUAUAGUUCCAACUAUGCCAAGUUCAAAAUCAGGUGCAAAUAGUGCUACUGGAGCCAUUGCUGGAGGUGUUGCUGCUGGUGCAGCUCUGCUAUUCGCAGCUCCUGCGAUUGCCCUUGCUUGGUGGCGACGGAGGAAACCUCAGGAGCAUUUCUUUGAUGUUCCUGCUGAAGAAGAUCCCGAAGUUCAUCUGGGACAACUAAAAAGAUUCUCCCUUCGUGAACUACAAGUUGCCACCGACAACUUUAGCCACAAAAAUAUCCUUGGCCGAGGUGGAUUUGGAAAAGUUUACAAGGGACGCUUGGCUGACGGUUCUCUUGUGGCAGUCAAGAGACUCAAAGAGGAGCGCAACCAAGGCGGAGAACUCCAGUUCCAAACUGAAGUUGAAAUGAUUAGCAUGGCUGUUCAUCGAAAUCUGCUCCGUUUGCGCGGAUUUUGUAUGACACCCACAGAAAGAUUGCUCGUUUAUCCAUACAUGGCUAAUGGUAGUGUUGCAUCAUGUUUGAGAGAACGCCCGGAAACUCAACCACCACUGAAUUGGGAAAUCAGGAAGCGAAUUGCUUUAGGAUCUGCUAGAGGGCUUGCUUACUUGCAUGAUCAUUGCGACCCUAAGAUUAUUCAUCGUGAUGUAAAAGCAGCAAAUAUAUUAUUGGAUGAGGAGUAUGAAGCAGUGGUGGGGGAUUUUGGGCUGGCAAAACUGAUGGAUUACAAAGAUACACAUGUUACCACUGCUGUACGUGGCACAAUCGGACAUAUAGCACCGGAGUAUCUUUCAACCGGAAAAUCAAAUGAGAAAACUGAUGUGUUUGGCUAUGGCGUUAUGCUUCUAGAGCUCAUCACGGGGCAAAGGGCUUUCGAUCUUGCUCGGUUAGCCAAUGACGAUGACGUUAUGUUGCUAGAUUGGGUGAAAGGGCUUCUAAAAGAGAAGAAAUUGGAGACCCUUGUGGAUGCUGAUAUGCAGGGAAAUUAUAUUGAUGCCGAAGUUGAGCAGCUUAUUAAAGUUGCCUUGCUUUGUACACAAGGCUCUCCGUUGGAACGACCCAAGAUGUCAGAGGUGGUCAGAAUGCUUGAAGGCGAUGGCUUGGCGGAGAGAUGGGAGGAAUGGCAAAAGGAGGAAACGUUUCGUCAGGAAAUCAACCACAACUACCCUCACCACCCUGGUGCCGAAUGGAUUCCAGACUCCACAUUCAACCUUCGCCCUGAUGAACUCUCGGGUCCUAGAUGAUAUAUUUGUAUUUGUUAGUAUAUUCCAAAUAUAUGUAUUAUCAAGUCUUUUUAUAAGCUUUUAUGUGUUGAAAAAAAUUCAUUUUCCCACUCAUUUGUGAAUAUUUUUUUUCUUUUUUUCUUUUGUAGUGUAUUCACAAUGACUUACAGAUACCAUAUGUCCAUAUGUUCUUGGUUGGAGUUUUUGUGGGUUCUAGGAACUACAGUUAGCACACUGUCAUGAAAUCACCAUUUUUAAUGUAUUAAUAAAAGAAAGAUUUGGUUCCCACUUCAGCUUAUUGGUAUGCUUUGUAUUGGGUUUUUU